AUGCCACCUCUUGUCACCAUGGAGAUAUUACUUCAUGCCAAGGGUUUUCAGCACCUAGCGAUCCCUGAUAUUGUCAGAGCAUUAUAUAAAGGUUACAGAACAAUGCCCCCUCAGUAUUUCUCUAAUUAUGAAUCCAUGAAACAGGACUUCAAACUGGAGGUCCCAGAAUAUUUCAACUUCGCUAAAGAUGUCAUGGAUCAGUGGACCAAGAUAGAAAAGGCUGGAAAGAGGUCUCCCAAUCCAGCUUUCUGGUGGAUAGAUGGAAAUGGAGAAGAGGUGAGGUGGAGUUUUGAGGAACUGGGAUCUUUGUCCAAGAAAUUUGCUAAUACACUUACAGAAGCCUGCGCCCUGCAAAGGGGGGAUCGAGUCAUUUUGAUUCUACCCAGGAUUCCAGAGUGGUGGCUUGCAAAUCUGGCUUGUCUUCGAACAGGGACAGUUUUAAUUACAGGACCCACUCAACUGACCCAGAAAGACAUCCUUUACAGAUUACAGUCAUCCAGAGCCAAGUGCAUUAUUACUGAUGACGUUUUAGCCCCAGCUGUGGAUGCCAUCAUACCUAAAUGUGAAACCCUGCGCUCCAAGCUAAUUGUGUCUCAGAACUCCAGAGAGGGAUGGGGGAACCUCAAGGAGAUGAUGAGACAUGCCAGCGACAGCCAUACCUGUGUGAAGACCAAACACAAUGAGCCGAUGGCCAUUUACUUUACCAGCGGGACAAGUGGCUCUCCGAAAAUGACCGAGCACAGCCAAGGCAGUUUUGGUAUAGGACUGUCGAUCAAUGGAAGAUUCUGGCUGGACUUGACACCCUCAGAUGUGAUGUGGAAUACCUCAGACACAGGCUGGGCAAAAUCUGCGUGGAGUAGUGUCUUUUCUCCAUGGAUCCAGGGAGCAUGUGUAUUUGCACAUUAUCUGCCACGUUUUGAGCCAACUUCCAUCAUGCAAACACUCUCCAAGUUUCCCAUCACCGUCUUUUGUUCAGCUCCGACUGCAUACCGAAUGCUUAUACAGAAUGAUAUGACCAGCUAUAACUUCAAAAGCUUGAAGCACUGUGUGAGCGCUGGAGAGCCAAUGAACCCUGAAGUGACUGAACACUGGAGAAAUCAGACGGGUCUGGAUAUCUACGAAGGAUAUGGGCAGACGGAAACGGUGCUAAUCUGUGGAAAUUUUAAGGGGAUGAAAAUUAAGCCUGGCUCAAUGGGAAAGCCUACUCCUAUGUUUGACGUUAAGGAUAAUCCUUCAAAAACAGCAUCAACUAUCCGAGGCCAUUUCUAUAUCACUGGGGACAAGGGCUAUAUGGAUGAAGAUGGGUAUUUCUGGUUCGUUGCAAGAUUGGAUGAUAUCAUAUUGUCCUCUGGUUACCGAAUUGGACCAUUUGAAGUAGAAAGUGCCCUGAUUGAGCACCCUGCAGUUAUGGAAUCAGCUGUUGUCAGCAGUCCAGACCCCAUCAGAGGAGAGGUAGUAAAGGCUUUUAUUGUUCUGAAUGCUGAUUACAAGUCAUGUGACGAAGAACAAUUGAAAAAGGAGAUUCAAGAGCAUGUAAAAAAACUGACAGCACCUUACAAAUAUCCCAGAAAGGUAGAAUUUAUUCACGAGCUGCCAAAGACUGUCAGUGGGAAGAUAAAAAGAAAUGAACUGAGAAAAAAAGAAUGGGGAACAAUUUAA